CAUUUUAAACCAAUCAGAGUCACUGAGAUACAGGAAGUUUUCUCUUUCACUGAUCAGCUCGUGUGCGUAUAGUAGUGAUCAGUGUUAAUAUCGCUGUGUGCGGAUGGAUGGAGAGGGGUCUGCGGCUGGUGUGGGGGCUCUGCUCGCCGCUGCUCUCCGUGUUUAUGAGCGGAGUUAUGGGGGAGAAGCGCAGGUGGCUGUGUGUGCUCCAGGGCGGGUGAACCUGAUAGGAGAGCACACUGACUACAACCAGGGACUGGUUCUGCCAAUGGCUUUGCCAUUGGUUACAGUUAUAGUGGGCAGCAGCACCUCUGGCCAAAGCUGCUCAGUUGAAACCAUUACUGACUCCGCAGAUGAGCCGAGGAGAGUGGACUUCGAUCUGCCGACCGAGAGUUCACCCCUGACCAGAGGGAGGCCAGCCUGGGCCAACUAUGUUAAAGGGGUGGUACAACACUAUAGAGCACAACCCUUGCCUGCAUUUAAAGCUGUGAUCGCCAGCAGUGUUCCACUAGGGGGUGGAUUGUCCAGCUCAGCGUCAUUAGAAGUGGCAGUGUACACUUUCCUUCAGCAACUGUGUCCAGAUGAUGGGGAUAAAGUGGCAAAGGCAGUAGCUUGUCAGCAGGCAGAGCACACCCAUGCUGGAGUACCCUGUGGUAUUAUGGACCAGUUUGUCUCUGUGCUGGGAAAGGAGGGUCAUGCAUUGCUUAUUGACUGCAGGUCUCUGGAGGCCACUCCUGUUCCUCUGGCUGAUCCAGCUUUGGUCAUCCUCAUCACCAAUUCCAACGUGAGGCACUCACUAACAGGAAGUGAGUAUCCCAGCAGACGAAAACAGUGUGAGAAUGCAGCAGCCAUUUUGGGCAAGAGCAGUCUACGAGAUGCAACAAUGCAAAAUCUGGAGGAUGCCAAAGACCGAAUGGACAGUGUGACAUACCAGCGAGCACAUCAUGUGAUUGAAGAGAUUGCACGCACGGCACAGGCAGCUGAUGCACUCAAACGGGGGGCUUAUGCAGAGUUUGGAAGACUAAUGGUGGAAAGUCACAAUUCUCUCAGAGAUCUUUAUGAGGUCAGUUGUCCAGAGCUGGAUGUACUGGUAGCUGCAGCAAUGGAGGUUGAUGGAGUCUUUGGAAGUCGGAUGACAGGUGGAGGGUUUGGUGGAUGUACUGUAACGCUGCUUCAGGCUGAUGCCACUGAGAGGACCAUAAAACAUAUACAGGAGAAAUACAGCGGACGUCCCACCUUUUACAUUACUACGCCAUCAGAAGGAGCUCGGGUCCUCAGUGGGAUGAAGAGUUAACACUUAAGUUAAAACUGUUCCUGCAGUGUGGUUUAGAACAGUGGAUCUGAUUUCUGCUGCAUCUCUUUUUUCUACUUAUGCACAUAAUCAGUGCCAAACUGAUAAAAAUAGCUUUUCUCAUCUUUUCUGAUUUUCUGUCAGAAUGAUGAAGGAAAAAAAUGUAAAGAUAUUUUUCAGAAUAUAAUGCAGAUGUUCUAAUAUGAGUACAAAAUGAUUAUCUGUUAUAAUCAUUUACUAAGAGUCUUCUUACCACCCAUGAGGUCAUGUGCUUGAUAUUAAAAAUGAAUGAGCCUAGAAUUACAAUUGUUAUUCCUGUUAAAUUAAUUUGAAACUAGAGAGGCAUAGCAAAUUAUUUACAUUUUUUUCAUCUACAAUUUUUGUCAGUAGUGAAAUUUAAAUAUGAAAAAGCUUAACACUAAUACAAUUUUUAUGAUUCAUAGCACUUUAGAAUUCUUAUAUUUAGCAUGUUGUUUAUAAUUUCUGACUAAUAUGCAUGUUUUGCCCUUUUGCAGAUAAUUUUAACAGGAUUGAGAAUUGUACUAUGAUUGUGAUUAAAAUAUUUUUAUGUAAUAAAUUUUAAUUAAAAUUUUAAAUAAAUCUUAAAUAAAAUGAAAAACAAAAACCAAUUGAAAGAGGCUGUUAAGGUAUUAAAUGAUUGAUGAAUAAAACAAAACACUGUAAAUAAGUAAUCAUAAUAGUGUUUUUUAUUAUUAUUUGUGUGGUUCCACAUGCUGAAAUUAAUUUAAUUGCUGUAAACGCCUUCAUGUGGAGCCCUUAAAGUACAAAGGUAGAAAAAUAAUAUUUUGAGACUUUACAUUCACCCUUAAUUUAAGAGUUGAUUCUGUUUUAAUAUUUUUUUCAUUCAAUUUAAUAAAUCAGUAUGUCUCUAAAUAUUUUUUUAUCUUGAUACUGUGAAGUUGAUCUUAA